AUGGCCUCCAUUGCAGGCACUGUGAUGAGUCGAAGCAUACCAGUUGAAGUUGAUGAAUCUGCAUUCUGGUCCCCAUUUCCAGAACAUUCACUAGAAGAGGCUUUGAAACCUUCUGUUGAAAAUAUGGAGAAUUUGGUACCUUUAGGACCAUAUCCAACUCAAAUGUCUCAAAAUUCCUUGGCUGAUCAGUCACAUUUAUGUAAAUCCUCAGAGCUUGCAAACUAUCAUCAGCCUGAACCACACAACGAAGCGAUGGAGGAUUAUGACAGCAGUCUUUGGGUAAGAUAUCAGGAUUCUGGAAAAGAUGUGCCUUCCUGUGCUUCCACUGAAUCAGAGGCUGGGAUGCUCCCACCUCAGUCUCAUCUUUUAGCUAUGGAGAAAACAAAUAAGCUAUUGAGAUCUCAGCUUUCAACUGAUUCUCCUGACACUGGACAUGACUCUAGUAAAUCAAACAAAAGUUUUUCUGAUGUUUCACAGAAUUCACUUGAUGACAAAAGCCAAGAGAAUUUACAGUCACAUCAGCCAUCAAAUAACAGAGCACCAUUCGACCUGCCAACUGUAGACACCGGAUAUGAUUCUCAGCUUUGGGAUGUCAUGGGCAUCAGGCAGUUAGAACCUCCGUUACCACUUACAUCUGUGUUUAACCCCCAGGACCUUCCAGGACCAUUAAUAUCCAGAGAGUUUCUUAGAAUUGAACCUCAGCAGUAUCCUGUAUACCAACAAAUGCAGCACCAUAAUGUUUCUCCACAAGCUCACUGGAACCUCAGAUACCAUUGUCCAGUUGAUCCACACCACCAAAAUCCAUAUGGUAGGACUCCCUACCAACAUUUCGCAAAUCCCUCGCAACCACUGCCUCCUGUUCCUGGACCUUGCAUGAGAGUCAUCCAUCCUGCCCAGCAAGUAAUCCAUAACUAUUCAGAUCCUCAUGCUCCUAAAUGCAAUGGAGAAAGAGUUCCACAAAGAGAAUGCUCCUCUCCAGUACGCCCACGAUUUCCAAACCAGUUAUACAACCAGCUACCCAAUGGAGGGCUGCCACCCACGGCAUGUGCCCAAGAUGAUGCUUACCGGUGUACUUCUGACUUCGUACCUCAGGUUAACAAUUUUCUGCCCCCAGCUGCUGUCCCAAGACCUCUUAGUAACCCUGCAGCCAGGGGAACUCUGAGAACAAGCAAUUUGCCAGAAGAGUUGCGUAAGGUUUUUAUAACCUAUUCUGUGGAUGCAGCUAUGGAGGUCAUGAAAUUUGUGAACUUUCUGCUUGUAAAUGGAUUUCAAACUGCAAUUGAUAUAUUUGAGGACACAGUACGAGGCAUUGACAUCAUUAAGUGGAUGGAACGCUACCUAGGUGAUAAGAUGGUGAUGAUAAUCAUAGCAAUCAGUCCAAAAUACAAACAGGAUGUUGAAGGGGCUGAAUCCCAGCUGGACAGGGAUGAGCAUGGCUUACAUACUAAAUACAUCCACAGGAUGAUGCAGAUUGAGUUUAUCCAACAAGGAAGCAUGAACUUUAGAUUCAUUCCUGUGCUCUUCCCAAAUGCUAAGAAGGAACAUGUGCCUACCUGGCUUCAGAACACUCACAUUUAUAGCUGGCCAAAAAAUAAGAACAACAUCUUGUUGCGGUUACUGAGAGAAGAGGAAUAUGUUGCUCCUCCAGUAGGACCUUUGCCUACACUCCAGGUUGUGCCAUUAUGA